ACUCAAUUUUCGCGAUUUCUACGGCUUGCUUGGCUGCUGCUGGCUGAUGGACUGAUGCCUCUCACUCUCGUCGCCGUCGGUGUCAAGUUCGGUAGAAGGUUGAACGCGCUUGGCAGUGGCCGUCUGUCGUCGUCCGUCCGUGUGUCGUUCGGGAUUCGAAAAGAGAAGUGUGCAGAAGAACAAAAAGCAGCUCUAGAGGCUGCCCUCUGUGUGCUGCAACUGUGCGAAGCAAAAAUCUACAAUUUAUGACGUUACCAGUUGGACUAGGAGAAUCGGUGUGGUGAUCCGGAAGAGAGUCUUAGGAUCGAUUGCAGGAAGACAGGCAGAUUCUAGAUGCACGAAUUCAGUGCUCCGAAGUAGCUUUCUGUGGUCUUCAAGAUACUUCGAAGGCAGACGAACAUCAGUCGUGAGUGGAGCAGAAUCUGGUUUCGUCUCGAGACAGAGGAAAAAUUUCAUGGAACAACACCAUCCGAAAAGUGAAUCGAUCCGGACUUGCAGUUGUCGCUGUUGGAAUCGGGAGGAUUGUGUUCGGGCUACCUGAGGAAAAUAUUGAAAUACGCACCAUACAGUGGAGCAAAACGCGAAUAUAAUCACAAAACGUGCAUCCAGCAGCAGUAGGUACACACAGGUGCGACAACCAACCAAUCAACGAAGCAGGGGAAGAAGCAACACGCGAAGACGAAAAUGAUUCGCGAAUGACCAAACGAAAGGAAAAGCGAUAAAGCAGGAGCAACGAAGGAGAGGCAGAAGCAUACGACGGGCAGUGGCGACGAGGAGGUGCUAUCGAUUUUCCUCGCGAUCCAGAGUAGCAGAGGCAACGGUGAAGAUCGGUGACAGAAAGAGAAAGGAAGAGCGCUGUCGUGUGUCGGUCGGUCGAAGAACAGCUGAGACGCGGACAAGUUUGUGGGCCACACUCUGGCAGAAAACAGCUGCGGCAACUGCUGAGGGGUGUGUAUGUGUGUGCCAGCAGCGUGCGGAGAGCAGUGGGUGAAAAUUUUAAUGAUAUGAAGUGUGGAUACUGUCGUCGCUGUUGAUCGAUAGUGGUGGAUUGUGCAUUCCGAAUUUUAUGUGGCAAACAAAGAAUAAGUAGUGUGUGACCUCUCCAGAGCAUAAGGAGACACCUUGGCGCGGUGGGUGAAGGAGAGGCGAAGAAGCCAAAAAAGACUGAACCAACAUACUGGGUUCAGUGUGGGAGCAGCAAUCGAAGAAGAGGGUGGUGGUUGUGAGGUGUUGUGUUGAAGGUGGAAAAGUUCACGCACUCACGCACGCGAGUGAAACAUCUGUUCGUUGUCGACUUGCUCACUGGUGGUUGUUGGUGUGAGAGAGAAACUCACUCCUCAGAAGCAGCAACGAGAGCAACGACAACACAAGCAGCAGUAGUACAUCACACAGGUUAACGACAGCGUUGCCAGAUCAACCGGUUGACUGGCAACUCUGUUGUUGAACGUUACGGUUACGCCCGGCCCUCGGUAGGAUAGGUGCCCCCGGUUCGGAAGUGCUCUCGGCGCUACCGGCCAUCUUUUCUUUUGGGACCCGGUUACAGAAGCGGCUUGUAAAAUAAAUUUUAAUCUGACGCUCGGUUGGUUCGGCGGUGCUUCUGAGAUGUCCGACACCGGCAGUGGACACGACGGAGCCCAAAAGGACUACUCGCAAAAAAUGGACGGCGGUGGCGGCGGUGACUUUGACUCCGGUCAGCAAAGUCAACAGACCGAACAGGAACUGGCCACCAAGAUGCUACAGAUCCAGUCGAAACGGUUCUAUCUGGAUGUGAAGCAGAACCGCCGUGGUCGGUUUAUCAAAGUGGCCGAAAUCGGUGCCGACGGUCGGCGUAGUCAGAUUUUCUUGGCCUUGUCGACGGCGGCCGAAUUCCGAGACCACCUAUCGACGUUCAGCGAUUACUACGCGUCGCUGGGACCACCAAAUCCAGACAACGUGCCCGAAGACGGCAAGCUAAAGUCGGAGAUGAUGAUCAAGGACAAUCGACGAUACUAUCUUGAUCUGAAGGAGAACGUUCGGGGCCGGUUUCUGCGCGUGUCACAAACGAUUACCCGCGGUGGUCCACGGUCGCAGAUUGCCAUCCCGGCGCAGGGGAUGAUCGAGUUCCGUGACGCCCUGACGGAUCUGCUGGAGGAGUUCGGCACGAACGACGGCGGUUUCAAGGGGGAACUGCCCGAGGGGCGCCACAUGCGCGUGGACAACAAAAACUUCUACUUUGACAUCGGACAGAACAGCCGGGGCAUCUACAUGCGGGUGUCGGAGGUGAAAAGCAACUUCCGAACCGCGAUAACCGUGCCGGAAAAGUGCUGGUCGCGGUUCCGUGACAUCCUCACGGAUUACUGCGACAAGAUGAAGAAAACGUCCGAGUCAACCACAUCGUCGAUCACUGCCGAUAAUCCAUUGCAGAAGCAAACAUCAAAUAAUAUGUAAAUUAGUGACGAGAGCGAGAGAGAAACAGAUAUCUUUUCGGUCCCGUUUUGUUUGUUUUCCCCUUUUUUGGCUAAGUUUAGUUCUUCCCCUAUUGUACGCUUUCCUGUUUUCGGUUUAAUUUCCCGUUUGUUUCUCCGGAUCCUACCGUUUAGGACGGUUUUUUGUUUUUAUUUCCUUUUAUGUUUCGGUUCUUUGUUACGUUUUCCUAUUCGUUUUCUUCCUGAAGGAUGAUAUACUAAAUUAUAGAGAUGAAAUGAUGAGUAUAAAAUAUAUUAUACAUAUAGUUAUAGCAGACACAGAAAGAGAAAGAUAAGAUCAGAUGUAAUCUGAAUAUAAAUUGCAGUUAUAAAGAUUUAAAUAAAACAAAACAGAAGAAAAUUUAACAAAAUAAAUUUAACGACACAGACGAACAAAACAAAAGAAAAAAAACGAGCGAAACUAAAAGAAACAAAAAAAAAAUGCAAAACAACACACACUCACAAACACAAUAGGAAGCGAACACAUUUUUUGGGCAACGCGCAACUCUCUCGCCUACAACCGUACUCUCUUUAUGGUGACUUAUUUCUAGUGGUGAAUUCUGCGCGAAGCUCGGACUCAACUGUUGAGGAAGUUUUAAACCAGCUUCAGCUACAAUCAUAGAUGUUUUUCAGAAUCUUUAGGACCAGGGUAACCUGAGAAGAUCGAAAUGUACACUUUUGCUGCCUGUGGAUUGUAACCAUGAUUGCAGCAGGAUUUGUUUUGACGUGAGUAAGCUGGCAUCCGUAGACAACACUGGGUAUGUUGUAAAGUUGGUUGUAACACAUCCUUUCAAAAGUGGAAGAAUUAUAUUGAUCAUGGGAUCUAGUUUUUGCCGUUGAAGAGGUCCUAAUGAACUUAAAUUUUUGUUUUCACAUAUGUUUGAAGACGUUUCGCGUCUGAAAAUAUCUGUUAAGUUAGUGAAUUGAAUGAAACACGAUUUUUAAAUUUAACUAAGCAUUUUACUUAAGAAUUUUUUUUUUAUCGAAAUCUGAAUUUUGUACCUGUACUGUUUCUUAAUUUGCUCACAGGAAUGGGAUUUCAAUGUAGCUGUAGCUGUAGCUGUGUAUCAUAUUCAUGGAUUCGUCUUCGCGCAGUUCUCACCACUAGCCAAAAUUCUAACUUAUGACAGAAAAGGCAAAGAAAACGCUAGGCAAAUCCACGAGCAUCUUACAGAGCAGUGAUAAAGAACGUAGCCUCAAUUCUUAGCUGGAACUGAUGAAGUAUAAGAUACACACAGAAGCAAAUGAGAAGCAAAACAAAGCAAAAACAAACAAAAGCAACAAUUGCCGAAACAAUUAAAAAGCCAUAGCAAGAAAAUAGAGAUCAAACAAAAAAAAGUGAAAUAACUGCAAGACACCCACAUAGGAAACACACACAACACAACACAACACACUUACACAAGAGUACACAGGAACCAGAAAAAGAAAAUUCACCGAAAAGAAGUUGAUUAAAAUGCUAAUAACUUGCAUCUGAAACAAAUAGAACUAGAAUUAAAAAGUCCCUCUUUUUGAGCAGAGUAACGCCAUCCACAUGCAGAAGCUCUGAUAUGUAAUGCUUAACGUCAAAAUUGGAGAUGAAGAAGAUGGGGAGAGAGAACACACGUAAAUAAUGACAUAGUCAAUAUAUAUUACUGUUAAAUGUUACACACACGGAGACACAAGUGGAAAGAAUAUGGUUGGCGAUUGACAGGAGAUCAAACUAAACGUGAAGGAGUAAAAGCAUAUUGAAAUUUGCUGGUAGAUGCAACGUAAAAACCUUGAUAAAUCAAAAUUUUUAUUACAUUUCUAGCGCUGAGUUACUCGUAGAUGUAGGGUCAAAGCAAAAGUAAGAAAAAAACGUCUAGCGUUUAGCAGAAGCAGACAAAAACAUAAUCUGACCCAUCUGUCGAAAGAGUUAGUUGUUUUCAUUGAAUCGUUUUCGUUGUUCAGUUGUAAUUAAGUUUCUCUCGUAUACAUAUAUUGGAUGAAAAAUGCAGUAUAUAAAUAAUUAUUAAUUCGCAAAAACGAAUCGGUAUAAGUAAUAUAGUUGCGUUCCGAGAAUCAUGCUUGGCAUUGAUUGAGGCAGGAAGAUAACUGAAAAAGCAGUAAACAUACUGGUCACCCGAAAGAGAGCGAGCGAAAGCUACAACUAGAAGAUACAACCGAGCAAAGCCUCCUAGAGGCAGCUACGACCGAAGGAGAUCGGGACCAACAGCUGUGAUCUUAAGCAAAAGUAAACAAAAAUGAUGAUAUGAAAUCAUGAAAAAACACAAAACAGUUUUCUUAGAGAAACAAAACACUAAACCAAGGCAAACCAAGUUCGCUUUUGUUAACCCCAAACCAGGGGUGGAGAUGAGUUGUUUCCUCUCUCAUACACACACAUAUGUGAUUAUUUCCCCCCUUUCUCUUCUACUGAUAACACUCUUUUCAGGGUUGUAGUUAUGUUUUGAUUAUUGCUGAAAAUUAAAACUAGAAUUAGUGAAAACGACCGUGUACGUGGCAUCCCACGUUACACAUCCUUUUAUGAGAUUCGCUGUUUUACAAUUAUUUGUUAACGCAGUUAGUGAGUUGCGUGAGGUAUAGGGGCGUUCUGUGCGAUGAAUGUUGCAUAAAGUCAAGGUUUGACAUCACAGGCGUCUAACACUCAUGGUGUAUUUGUUAAAGCAGGCUAUGACAUAGAUAUGCCGUACGUCUUAGUGCUUCCCGGCUCAAAAUAUUGACUGUUUCUAUUGUUUUUGUUUUCGAUACAUUGAAGUCUUUGACUAUUUACUACGCAUUUUUGUAAAAGUUUGUUAUUUCUAAAAAAAAAGAUGUAGUUUACGUUGGAUAUUGCUGUUAUGUAUGCUGUUGUAUGCUGUUCACUUGUUCACUGGAACUGAACCUGAUGAACAAUCACCGUGUCCGCUUCCCCUGAUUUGUAUUGUAGACCAGACCAGGAUUCGGUAUGUCAUUAAAAAAAAUGGUGAAAAGCCUUUGGCUAUUGUAGUACUAGUUCACUUGUUCCAACUUUAACGAACAAUGCACUGUAAGUCAUUUUUCAAUGUUCAUUUAGUUCCAGAUUUAACCGGAACUUCAUCCACCGCUAUGGUGUCUCUUUUUUAUGAGGCGAGACAUUAUUGCUAACUCCGGCCGAAAUUUCAUCCGCAACUUUGGUGCCUCCCUUUUCCAAGACGAGACAUAGUUACCAGCUACGAGAGGAUUUUCAUCCACCGUUUAGACGUCUCCCUCCUUCCCAUGUUGACAUGUUCCGAAUUCCCUCUGAUCCGAUCAGAUACUAUCCAUUAGAAAGUCAGACUGUUAAUAAUUACCUUGCACUAGUGAUUAGAUUUGCCACGAUAUCUGUCGGCUGCUUCACUAAUUUGAACGGCAUCAAAUUACUUAGCACUUCAGAUCUUCGCUUCCCAAGUGUGGUGGACUCCCAUCUUAAAUCUGUCGCACAACGUCCAUUUUCCGAACGAUUCUUCAUUUGUGUCCUGGUGGUAGAACCACCACGAAUCCGCUCCGCUUUUGGAAUUCUUCGCAAUGGGUCCAUGCUCGUGGCCAAUGUGGCAACUGUUCACUUGACAAUUGUCAUGAUAAAAUACUAAUCGCAAGCAACAUGGCCUACUUAGUGAUAUCAAUAUACUACGGCUUAGCUGUGACAGCUAUGUACUAACUAUGAAGUUGGCCAUCAGUUUUUUCAAUAAUCCAGAAAAAGUUUGGUUUACAUAAUUCAAACACAGUCUUUUCGACUGCAUUUCUGAGACACCAUACAUACAGCCAUUUCCAAUCAACAGGUUCUUAUUAGUUUACCUAUAUUCAUGGUUGAGUGAUAUCAUUAGUUUCUUCCGAAUUUUAGAGAUUCCCAUUGAUUUAUUCUUGACACCAGUGCAUCCAAAUUGUCAAGCAGCAAAACUUUUUUUGCGGUUUCAGGGGCUUUGUACCUACUACGAACAACCAUUUUGAGUUGAUCUGCAUUCGGAUUCUUAUUUUCAGAUUAUGCAACGUGCUUAGAAUUGCACUUGACAAAUGAAAUUUUGGCAUAAAAGAGAUAUCAAAACCAUGUGUUCGUACGUAUUAUAAUAUGCUAUUACAAUAAUGAUCACCAUUAUGCGUGUAGCAGCAAACGAAAAAUAAGUAACUGUUAAUAUCCUUUCUAAAUGUGAUAAUCGCUACAACAGUAUGAAACAUUAUUUGACAACAGAAGCAUUUCAGAAAAUGGAAACGACAAUUCCAAGCCACAUUAAAACACUCGAUCCCGUAUUGUGUUGUUGUUAGCUUAGCACAGAGUCCUUAUUCCGCCAAGCGGAGCUGAUUCACCCGUAAAAACGCUGCGUCCAAGACAAAGCCUUCUACGUCAACAGAACCACCAACAGAAACAAAACGCAAUGGGUACAGGAAAAUGAAGAAAUGCCGAACCCGUAGUAGGCCGUACUCGGAUCAAAUCCGAUCGAAGGAAACCGAAACGAAGCAUGAUUUUCGAGUAACUUGUUUCACCUCUCGUUAGAAUUCCUUUAAAUUAGAUGAGAAAAUUAGGCAGCAAGCCGACAAUUGGAUCGCUAGCGUUGUUUCUUUAGUCUUAAAAAUGGUAAUCAACAACAAAGAUCGGACGCCAGAAACGAAGGCAGCAGACAGUAUAUGACAGUGAACAGCAACCAAAGCCGAAGAGGCUUAAAUCAGAGCAUUGUUUGCACUGCACAGUUGGACAAUGUACACACAGAACAAACAAUACACACAAACAUACAAACACAGUGAAGUGAUGUGGGUCUAGAAGUAAUAGCAAUGAUGUUAAUUGGACAACUACAGCAACACAUGAUAGGACACGAUCACAUACAUACACAAUGGGAAAUUUGUUUUUGUUUUGGGACACACGGUGUGAGGUAUUUUAUGAAUUUGGAACCUGAAGAAAACAGAAACAAGCCAGCAGAAGCAAAGAAUGCAAAAUGGUUCUUCUUUUGGUUGACACAAAAACCAGAAAAUAGACGCGAGUAAGCGAACAGAAUAAAAAGAGGAAGAAAAACGCAAAACCAGAUUAUCAAUUAUUAAUUGAAUUAUUAUCUACUGCUACCAUUACAGCAAAAACAAAACAAACAAGAAACUAUUAUGAAUAUUGUGAAGAAUUUUAACUUAUGUUGUCUUUUUCUCAAGUCUAUUAUAGCGAUAAAGAAAAUAAUAAAUAUAAUAAUGAAGAACAACAAAAACAGAAUAAAACGACAGAUAGGAGGACAAGUAAUACAAGAAAAGAUGAAAAAAAUACAAAAAUAUAACAAGAUGAAGAAUAUAGUAGGUAUAAAAUAAUGAUACAAAAUGUUCCCGAAUCGAGAUAACGUUCAGUUAGGUCUCAAAGCAGCUUGUACAACAAUGCAAAAUGUUUAUUGUGCAACUUCUUUUCAUAUUUUUUUUUCAAGAAUCCGUUUUCCAGCGAAGCCACGAUCGAAUCGCCAGGCGAUGCUGCUUUUUUUUUCUUUUUACUUUUUUCCCCUGAUACCAAGCGAAUAAUUGUUGCGUUUAGAACGCUCGUAAAUCCAGUUUUUAAAAUCGUACGUGUGUGUACACGACACACACCCACACAAAAACACACACAACUAAAGCUAGCGACACACUCUGUCUGUUGAUUGUUUUCGUACUUUGUUAUUCCCGGCGAAGCAGCACUGCAGGAGUUUAUUUAAAAACAGAGCGAAGAAAACAUUAGCCUACUACGAUUGACAUCCGGGUUACGGAGUCGCCAUCUUUCCGUUCGACAAACAACUCGGCCACACACAAUCGAAUUCACCGCGUGUUCAACCGGAAACAAUAACACUGGCACUCGCAGGGGGAAACUUCAAUGGCUGUUCUCGCGUAUUUUCCUUUAGUUUAAUGAUUUUAAAUUUUAAUAAUUGUACUUUUCCAUUAUGUCGGCAAAUCUAAUCCACUAAAUCGGACAAAUUGCUGGUUGUUUUAACACAUGAUUUGUGGUAAAAAUAACCAGAGAUUUGUUCAAAUUUGUAAGAUAAGGUUUCCCGAUGUGCUGCAGAAUGCCACACAGAGUGAUCGAUUUCCACUCUGUUCCUUGUUUACAGUGGUAGCGCUAUACGUAAUUCAAACAAAAAUCGUAGUUCAUCUUCGACAGAUAAUGUUGGAGAAAAAUCGAAAGCUGUUUGCCGUCUGCAGAAGUUACACAGAAAACGACAAAUGUGUGUAGAAUUAUAAAUUUAAUAAAAAAAAGCAGAAUCGUAAAAACUAGUUUUCCUAGCCAACACAAAAAAGCACGAACAUCCUACUAUAGCAAACCAGAAUACGACGAAACACCUGCGCGUUUUUAUUUUUUUACUUCUCGUUUAUUUUUUAACUUUAUAGUAAUGCUUCAAAACAAGAAAUCUGUGUUUUAGAUUAAGAGCUUUGUUUACCUCGUAAGAUAACUUAUUACUUUUUGUUUGUUUUUCUAUUUAUAUCUCUCUCUUAGGCCGUUCGAUUUUUUCAACAUGGUACUCUGCCCGAUAGUUGACAUUGGGCAUGACGAACGCUGUCAGUUGGAGGCCUACUUUGAUCCAAAAUGUUGAAUCUGUAUUUAGCCUUACUUUUCGUUUUUUUCUUCACGCUCUGCUCGCCGACAGCUGAGGCAGUGCAAGCGUUGCGCUUUAUCCGCACAGAUGAACAGUGCUGCGCGUUAUUUUCUUUAUUCUAUGUUUUCCUUGUUGACAAAGUUAAGUGAUUAUUUUUAAAGAUAUUUUAUUUACGCGUUUUGCAAAACUAGGUAUUCAAAUUGGAGUAAAGUAAAAAGCUAUGACUACCUUUAUCGAUGAUACAAAAAAAGGGAAAUAAGAAGAGAACGAUACAAACAAAAAAGAAUAAAUAAAUAUUUUUAGGUGAGAUGAAGUUUUUCGGUUUGAUUUUUUAUAUAGGAAUCUAAAUUAUUUAAUCAGUUUUGAACGCUUUUCCUGAAAAUAACAAAAGAAAUACAAAAAGAGAAAUAGAACAAAAUCAUAAGAUUUAAAAUAAAAAUGAAAGUAUAACAAACAAAGAAAAAACUUGCUGCAAAACCUGCAGCAAACAAAAAAAGGAUAACGCUGUAGAGUUCGCGAAUCAAAUGAUCAAUCUAGAUAAACGGUUUUAUUCUUUGAUUAAGAUACUAGAAAGAAACAAACACAAACACAGAGAGAGAAACCAGAAAUGGGCAUACCACAACAACAAGUAGAGAGCAAGAGAGAGAAAAGGGAAGCAUAGUAACAAAAAAAAAAACGAUGAAAUGAAAGAGGGAUAUAUAGAAUACACGAAAUGUAGGGGGUUAUAACUAUUAAUAAAUAUCCACCCGUGGCCGCAGUCCCCUCGAAGGGGAAUCACGGCGAGCCAUGGGGCUGAUGUGAUGUGUGUAAGCAGUAAGCAUUCAUUCGUAAGUAAACGUAUAAAAGCAACAACAGGUCUCACAAACACAAACAAACCAACCAAUAUGAAACAAGAACGGUAAAACAUUUUUAAAAUGCGAAAGCUGUGAUUCACGUUCUGAGAUCGGGUUUUUGCAAAUUCAAUAAAACUCUUCAUAUAUAAAUCUCCCGCUGGCGUGAUGAAUAUAAUAACAAUUUUCCAGAAGAAAAAAAAAAUCAAAUCAAUAAUUAUCAAAUAGUCUCGAUUUGAAAAAAGCACCUUUUACGUGUGACAAAAGCUAAAAUUACCACGUUCAACAAUUACCAUUCAACAUAAUUCGAAGCUCGAGAAGUUGGUGAAAAUUUCCUGAUUACAAUUAGCAUUGAUUGGUUCGGCUUGACGGAACAUCCAAACGAAACAAAAUGGCCCCAAGGCAGUUUAACAAAUACUGAAAAAUAAAGAAACUAACCACGUACAGCGCGAGCGAGAGCGUAGCAAGUGGAGUGGUGGUAAACUCACACACACUCACACACACGGAGAAACAUGCACUAGUGUUGUAAUGGAUUAAGGAAUAAACAAGUCGACAGCUUAAAAAGGUGUUUUGAUUAUUUGAUUCAGGUGUUACAAUGUUAGUAGGAAAUAUACUAAUAAAUGUGAUUACAAACAACAAAACCAAUAAAGAAAAAAAAACAA